CGGGGUGGGGUGGGGCGGCGGUGCUGGGUUACAGCGGGUGUAACCAGAGGCAGCCCCCGAGUAACCCGGCACCACGGUUGCUGGAGCGAGGGCAGGGACUGCUCGGUUGCGGGGUGGGGGAUGAGGCGCCAGUCGUGCGCGGGGAAAGCAGGACGAGCCGCGGGGAUAGCGGUAGGGGCCCGGGCCGGUCGGCGCAGCCUCCCCGCUGCCUCGAGAGAAGCUGGGAAAAUCUGAUACAUGCAGUAAUACAAAAGCUGACGCGAAAUGUACAUGAAAGCUGACAGUCAGUGAAAUUCUUAUGGCAUAUUAUCAAAGUGGACCAACCAGGAAGGGUAGAAGCAGGCAAUCUGACUGGAUGAAAAACUCAGCAAAUAACAUAGUCUUAGACAAGUGUGACUAUUCUGGGGAUGCAACUGAUGAGGAGCAAGAAGACUUACCUUAUGAUGGAGACUUGGAAAGAACCUACAGACACAUCAGUGAUUCAGAUAACUUGAAGGAUUGUACACUUAUCGAAAAGAAAUCUGAUAAUUGUUUACAGUUAACCUAUUCUGAAGUUAGCAACCAUGUAAAAGAGACGAAUUAUAAAAUGCAACGGGUACCUCAAGAAAAGGUGUUUCCUUACCAUCCACCUGCUACAAGGGCAAAUGGAAUUAAAAUUGAAAUGACAAGAGAUGCUUUAGUGAGUGGAACAUCUUUUGAGAAGGAAUUAACAGUUGGAGUGUUCAGUAGCCCAGUUAGAAAUGAAUGUUUCACCAACUCAAAAAUUUCUGACGUUCUUUUGCAUCAUUUUUCCAAAGAAGAGCUAUUGAGUACAAACCGUUUAAUUGAUUGUGAGACUAUCCCAGAGACCUCUCUUACUGAAAGUGUUGAUGAAGCUAUCCUGAAUAAAAUGAGGAUUUCAGAAUGCACUAAGCCCACUUUACUAGCAGAAGCACAGGCAAAGUCCUUUGAAGAAAAAAAUUUCAUAAAGCAAGAAAAAACAUUUGAAGCUGUUCACAAAGAUAACAAUUUACUAGAUGAAAAUAAAUUUGUUAUAGAAAAGGGAGCUACUUCUCAUUUUGAUGAGGGAGAGCAUAUACAGAAGAAUUCCCAAUCAGUUACUGGGACUGAGGAUACAAACAGUUUUCAAAACACAAGAAAAGAGCAUGCAUAUCAAGAAAGUCUGUUUGAGAGAACAGUGUCAUCCCAUGAGUUUAAAUAUGGCCAAGGCCAAGUUCAUUAUUGCCUUCCUGAUGUUUCUAAAGUUGCUUCAAAAGUUAAAAUACCAAAAGGAAAUAACAAUAAUAAAUCAAUUCCCAUAAUAAAAAAACCCAAACCCUCCCCCAAUUUGCUUGUGAAAUCAUCAGUUGUGAAAAAUGUUUUAGAAACUAUGAAUUAUUUUGAUUCUAGUGAAGUAAAGAUUCAAGAAAAGGAAAUGCAUAUUCCUGAACUAGGGCAACAGCUAGAGAUGCUGACAAAACAGGCCGAAACUCAGAAUCAUAUUGAUCAUCUGAGAUUUGAUUAUAAGAGAUAUCCUCCUGCAGAGUCUCCUAAUCCAAACUUUGCCAUUCACUCAGGAGGAUUACAAUCUGGGAGAAUUAUCACAGCAUUACCAUCACCUGGUGCAGCAGGAGAAAUACAUUGUUUAAAUCUUAACUUGUUGCAAAAAACAACAGAAGGAGAAAAGAUGUCUCAAAUGCUAAAGGAACAAACAGAACAACUGAGAGCUGAAGUUGAAGAUUUUUAUAAAUGUGUAACACAGGCCCCAUCUUCACAAGAUCAUUGUCUGGUGUUAAAGCAAUUAAAGGGAUACCUUGAUGCAUUGGAACGGAAAUAUGUAGCCACUAGAGAGGAACAUCGUGGUUUACAGCUACAGAAUUACAAGCACAACCCCAUAAGUGUGGGCGAGUUUGAUCCUGACAGAAAGGUGGAGGGAGAAAUAUUUAGGCUUGGAAUGCUGCUUGAAGAUGUGCAAGAGAAAAUGGAUGAUAACUUGUGCAGUCGAUGUCCCUCUUCACUGAUAAGGCUUCCAACAUCUCCUUCACUCUCUGCAUGUGAAUCCGUGGUUUCAUCUUGUUCUGUUCCUCCUGAGAGUGAAUUAGUCUCAAGCAUUAGUGAUCCUCCAGGAAGGAGAGCUACUGAAGUGAACUUCCUUGAUAACAAGAAGGAUGAGAGCACAAAAAAAAGUUGGGCAACUGAGAUGACCCUAGAGAAAAACUGUCUGCUUUCUUUAUAUAAUGACAAUUGGGAUCCUUUCACUCAAGUUCAGUUAAGAUUACAAGAGAGAGAUGCAUCUGCCUAUGAACAAGAUACUCAGCCUCUGGAAGAAGCGAGAUUACUAGCAAAUAACUCUUCAGAUGUAAUGCAAUGCUUCCUUAUACCCGAGGCAGAAAAUGGGGUUAGAGGGCUAGAACUUCAUAGGCAGCCUAUGUUAAGUUACAACCAUACUACUGAUCAAGGAAAAACUGAAGGGCAAAUGAAAUCUCCAUCUAAAGCCAAGCUUUCGAAUGUGUGUAAUAUGGAACACAACACUGUUCAUCUAAAAGUGCUGCAAGAGCAAGGAAAUUUAGUUCAUCCCUCAAAUCACUGUUUUCAUAAAAUAGUGGAAAACUGUCCAGAUGAAUGUGAAAAUACCAUACAUCCCAGAUUGAAAACACAAGUGUCAAGUAAGGCAAACAGAAUACCUUGCUCUUAUGUUAAGAAAAGUAAGAACAUGGAAAAUAGAAAAACUGAUGGCAGAGAGUCAGUAAGCAGACAGCAUUCAGCCUUCAUUCAGGAAAAAGCAAUGGAUUUAGAUUUAUCAGAUACUAAUCUGAGCAGUGAUUCAGAAGACAUCUCAUACUGUGCUUCUUAUGAUAAUUCACCAAGUGAUGACUUUAUGGAACAGAAGACUAAAAGUUAUAAGCCACACCAAACCAAAGGUUUCAGAUGCAACACAGGAAGCAGAGAUUGGUUUAAAUGUGGAAGCUGCAAAGAAUCUAUUCAGUCCUGUGCCACGUGUAGAAACAAAAAUCUCAGCUCACCUCCAUCAUUACAGUCCAGGGAUUGGAGUACAAAUAUGUGCAUCCAUUGUCAAAGUAAUGAAAGCACCCAGGAAUCUAUCAAAGAUAAUACUGAGAAAAAAAGAAUUGCUGCCCAAAGUGUUUCCAGAAACAAACAGCCAGAUCUAUUUGUAUGCAGACUUUCUGAACAACAAAACUUGGAGGUUCCCAAAGCCGUGUACUCAAGGAUGUAUGAUACAGUUAUCCUUUCACCUCAAUAUUUAGCCAUCAGGAAGAGUCAUAGUAGUAAUUCAGUGAUUGGAAAUAGAUACAACAGUGAUACCAAGACAAAGAUUUUAAACUCUACUUUGGAUCAUGCCAUACAGACAGCAAACAGCUUGAAGAAAACUACAGAACGAAUGGUACAAGCAGUGUCUGAAGAUCUAGCUAAAGUUAAAACUCAUCAAAAUAAACAUUUUUAAGCUAUUCAA